UAAAUAACCUAGAAAAAUAUCUCUGGCUCUGUGCUCCUAGUUGUCAAAAACAGAAAGAGGAAGUUAUUCAGAAAUAUAAGAAAUGAUAGCAAAAACCCAAUCUAUUAUGAACCAAAUUAAACACUGACAAUCUCGAACACUGCAACAUAUAGGAGUAUGUCUUUAGAACAAACAAACUGUGAUGAUCUCAAAGCAUUUGAAAGGCGACUCACGGAAGUAAUAGCUUGCUUACAUCCCUCAACUACUAGAUGGAGGAUUGUACUGAUAGUAGUCUCAGCUUGUGUAGCUGUAGGAGCUGGACAAUGGCUCAUGGAUCCUGAAACUCGAGUAGUACCAUUUUCUCAAUCGUUAGCUAAUCACCCUUUCUUCAUAUUAGCUACAUUGAUGUUUUUAAUCAUAGUACUCCUGGGAGUUCAGAAGAGAGUAGUUGCAGCUUCUAUAAUAACAUCAAGAACUAGAGAGGUUUUGAGUGAUUUCAAUAUGUCUUGUGAUGAUACAGGAAAAUUAAUUCUAAGGCCAAGACCUACUACAUUUUCUUGAAUACUAUUUUAGUAUUGUAAAUGUUUUAGAAAAAUAAAAAUAUUUUACUC